GAGGGGGCCGGGAGUGACUCCUUAGUUAAUGUAGAGUGGCUUGGCGCAGCCUGCGGGCCCAAGGAGGUCCAUCUGAGGAGAGGGGCGAAAAGGGUGAUCUGUGUCUCUGCUGGCAACCAUCAUACCUCGGCGACCUUAUUGGGGGCACGGUGGCCCAAACGAUGCUGCUUCCGGAGUGGAGAUGUGGUGAAUGUCGGCUGCAUGCUAAGGCCGGGUGAAUAGGUAACUGUAUGGGGCGAGUUUUUGGAAUUACAGUGAGCAGAGGAGAGGAGGAGGGAGGGCGCUCUCAGCUCCUGCCUGUGCAGAAGCAGCUGUGCCAAGCCAACUGGGGAGCGCUCUGCAGCAGGGCCUGCUUUAAGGGGCAAUUGCGGAGUUCUUGUGGCGACGCCGUUGCGCUCUGUCGGUCCCACCUGAGCUCGGGUCAGGGCCACCGAGUGCCUCCUUUGUGUCUAUCUGGGUAAAGCGGGAGAAAUCUGGUGACCGCAUGGUGGUCGUUUUUCGGCUCCCGGCUCCGCCUAGCAGUGGGUAGACGCCAUUGCAACCGCCGCCAUUUCUGCUAGUCCCCGCCACCGUGGAGGUGGGUCUCGGUCUGCGGGGGUUAUGUAAUGUUGUCCCGUCCACUCAGGGUAUGAGCUGGGUUUCCGAGUGCUCUCCGGCAGUGGGCGGUGGAAGCCGUGCAAGAGGUAAAGGUAAACGUAAGUCCGAGCAGACCGUGGUGUGACUUGUGCGUAGGUUGUGGAAAGGGAGGCGUCCAGGCGGAAAGGGCCGUUCGUGCCGGAGGGAGUGGGAGUAGUCACGCGUCGUCACCUCCUAGCCCUCUAUGUCUAUGGCCGCUUUAUCUUUUCUAUGUUUGUAAAAUCAUUACGUUAGUCAAUUUAAUUCUACAAAUUCGAUUUACACAACAGCACGGUAACUGAGAGUGUCUUGUCCUAUAGAAUUAAUUAGGUUGGAAGAGACCUUUAAGAUCAUAAAGUCCAACCAUUACCCCAGGACUGCGAAGGCCACCACUAAACCAUGUCACUGAGGGCCUCAUGUACAUAUUUUUUGAAUACUCCCAGAAUUCAAGGGGGGAAAUGGCAUUCUUUGGACGUUAUCUGCUCAAGUGCUUUUUGGUCUUAUUUAUUUAUGUUAAGAGGAUAAGGUGCAAAGUUGUGGGUUUUUUUUUUUUUGCUUGGUUUUGUAUUGUGUUUUACAAAUAUUCUCAUGUAAACUUGAAAAAAAUAAAUCUUGAAAGAGGUACUUGAUUCACAAAACCAGAAAAGUUCAGCUACUUUUGAGAUUUUUUUUUUUUGUGCAUAUAUACAGAGGUUAUACAUAACUGCAGUGUGGUAUUUUAAGAUAAUUUUUCUAGCUUGGCAUGUAUAAUUUCUUUUUGUUAAUUAGUUAUAUUGAAUGGAAGGCAUGGUAAUGUAUGCUGGUAGGUUGAUAACUUAUUCAUUAAUGCUGGUGAUUAUAAUAAUUUUACAUGGUUUAAACAAUAAGUAGAUUGAUACAUAGUGUCUCUUAAAAAGGAAAUUCGUGAUAUGUAUUAUAUAACAUUAUAAAAAUGGGAACUGGAUAAUUGUUCACUUUAAAUACCUGAAAAUCGUUAUCAGUAAACAUGAUUGCUUAAAACUAACAAGUAUUUGCAUACUGGCCAGUUCCCUAAUUGUUCAGGCUGAUUGUUUAUCUGUAAGUUUACAGACUUUAUUUCUUCUCUUAGUGAUGUGUUUGGCCUUAUGCUUUCUCAUUUAUGAAGAAAAGCUUUGCAGCAAAAACUCAGGCCAAACCCUCAUUUUUAGUUAUAGUGAGAAUCAGACUCGUGAACAGAGGGUAUAUGCUGUUUUCAUAGGCUUCUGAAGCAGUAGGCGGUUGGAUUUUGAUCCUGCCCAGAACACUUGAGUUUUGCUCUGUAAGCAUAUAUAAAACUGGUAAGUUCUAGAAAUGGGUAUAUCUUUUUGUUUUUCCCUUCAGUGCGAUGUGCAGUCUGCACCCCACACGCAUACCCAAAAUGGGUGUACUGGCUCUUUUUUUGUUCUGCAACAGGUUUUAUCUGCACACCUAAGAAUAAAAGGUAAUGGAGACUGAACAACAGGAGGAAACCUUUACCAACACAGAGACAAAUGGCAAGCGUCCUGCAGAAGAUAUGGAGGAAGAACAGGCCUUCAAAAGAUCUCGGAAUACAGAUGAGAUGGUUGAGUUGCGCAUCCUGCUUCAAAGCAAAAAUGCUGGAGCAGUGAUUGGAAAAGGUGGCAAAAAUAUUAAGGCACUUCGUACAGAUUACAAUGCAAGUGUUUCAGUCCCAGACAGCAGUGGCCCUGAGCGAAUCUUGAGUAUAAGUGCAGAUACAGAGACAAUUGGAGAAAUCUUGAAGAAGAUUAUCCCUACUUUAGAAGAGUAUCAGCACUACAAAGGUAGCGACUUUGACUGUGAAUUAAGGCUUCUAAUUCACCAAAGUCUAGCAGGAGGAAUUAUUGGUGUCAAGGGUGCUAAAAUCAAAGAACUCAGAGAGAACACUCAGACCACCAUUAAGCUCUUCCAAGAGUGUUGUCCUCAUUCCACUGAUAGAGUGGUGCUUAUUGGUGGAAAACCUGAUAGAGUUGUGGAAUGUAUAAAGAUUAUCUUGGAUCUUAUCUCUGAGUCUCCAAUUAAAGGACGGGCCCAGCCUUAUGAUCCCAAUUUCUAUGAUGAAACAUAUGACUAUGGUGGCUUCACAAUGAUGUUUGAUGAUAGAAGGGGACGUCCAGUAGGCUUUCCAAUGCGUGGGAGAGGAGGUUUUGAUCGAAUGCCUCCUGGUCGUGGUGGACGACCCAUGCCUCCAUCAAGACGGGAUUAUGAUGAUAUGAGCCCUCGCAGAGGACCUCCACCACCUCCACCAGGUCAUGGUGGCAGAGGUGGCAGCAGAGCUCGUAAUCUUCCUCUUCCUCCUCCACCACCUCCUCGUGGCGGAGAUCUUAUGUCUUAUGACCGAAGGGGUAGAGCUGGAGACCGUUAUGAUGGAAUGAUGAUGCAGUGUCAUGUGGAUGCCUGCGAUGACAUGCAGCCACCAGAGUUGUUUGAGGGUGGCUCUGGAUAUGACUACUCUUACGCAGGGGGGCGUGGUUCAUAUGGAGAUCUUGGUGGACCCAUCAUUACAACACAAGUAACGAUUCCCAAAGAUCUGGCAGGAUCUAUUAUUGGAAAGGGAGGCCAGCGAAUCAAACAAAUACGUCAUGAGUCAGGAGCUUCAAUCAAAAUCGAUGAACCAUUAGAAGGCUCAGAAGAUCGAAUAAUAACAAUUACGGGAACACAGGACCAGAUACAAAAUGCUCAGUAUUUACUGCAGAACAGUGUGAAGCAGUAUGCAGAUGUUGAAGGAUUCUAAUGCAAGAUUAUUUUUUCUUUUUUAUAGUGUGAAGCAGUAUUCUGGAAAGUUUUUCUAAGACUAGUGAAGAUCUUGAAGGAGUCCUGCAUCUUUUUUUUUUUUUUUUUUUCCUUAAUUUUUUUUUCUCUCAAAUACCUUCUUCUGUUUAAAAAGCCAACAUUCCUCUGCUUCAUAUGUGUUCUGCAUUUGAGAUGUAGUGGAAUCUGCUGUUCACCAGAUGUAAUAUUUUAAUUCAGUACAAAUAUUUGAGGGAGGGAGGGAAAGGCUGCAAAAGACUAACACUGAGAUUUUUUUGAAAUGGCAGAAGAGUGGAUUUUAUUUUUGUUUGGUGGUGGUGGUAAAUUAUAAUGGUUUUUCUGUAACUAUUGUGAAGGCCCUGCUUUAUGUACAUUGGGUUGUUUGUUCUGGGGUUUGUUUUUUUUUUUUGUUUGGUUGAUUUUUGCUUGUUUCUUUUUCCUCGUGUUGGGGAUGUGGUGUUGGUUAUUUGUGCAGGGGUGAGUUUUUGUUUUGCUUUGUUUUUUUUUUUUUUGGUGGGGGGUUGCUUUGUGGUUGUUUUUUUUCUGUUGUUUUGUUGGUUGGAUUUUUUUUUUUUUAAGAGGGGAGAAGACUGGCUGUCCAUACAUCCCUGGCAUUCUUUGAGAACAGUGUGCAGAAUGUAAUGCUCUUUUUUAAGAUAUAUUUUAUGGUUUUUAAAUAAAUUUAGUGAACCUGUUA